AUGAAAUCUAUAGCGAUCCCAUAUUUAAUCAUCGUUCUAUACCAUUUUUAUAAUUCUGAAUAUGUUCAAGCCAAGGAUACAAAAGGGCUACCCGGUCACUUAAAACCAUUAGGACACUCUGGUCGCCAUAUUGAAAUUACAGAAAUAAAUGGAUUCCCCUCACUGAAAACGUUCUUCAAGCAACAUGUUUCUCAAAGUAAGCCGUUGGUUAUGAGAGGUGCUGCUAAGAUUUAUCCGGCCUUUUCAAAGUGGUCCGACGAUUAUUUUCUAUCACUACCUGAGACAUCUACCGCUGAAAUUGAUAUCCAGCAACGCAAGAAACAAAAUUAUAGCUUACCAUAUUUGAGGGCAACGCUUGCAGAAUUUCUACAUCGGUACAAUCACACUGAUGAAUAUAUGGUUAGCUAUAUACCUUCUCACCUAAAGACAGAUUUAUAUCUACCACCAUGCGUUCAAUGCGACGAUCUUAUUCAUAUUGAACCAGUUAUGUGGCUAAGUAAUGGGGGAACAAAAUCGAUACUUCAUGCCGAUCAAAAUCAUAAUAUAAAUUGUUUAAUUCGUGGUACAAAAGAUUUCAUCUUGAUAAAUAAGGACACUCCAGAUCAGACAUUUAUUGAUGCUCCUGGUACUUAUUCUUAUGUCGAUGUUGACAGGGUGGAUAUGGAUAAAUAUCCGGUAUUUUCUUCAAUCGAUUUCUAUGAUACACACAUUGAAGCAGGAGACUGUAUAUUUGUUCCAGCUAGUUGGUUUCAUCAAGUGCGAUCCUAUGGUUAUAAUAUUGCUGUAAACAUCUGGCUGAAGGGAGAAGAUAAAUUUUUCGAUGUUUCAUCUUGUCAAGAUGUUACUAAGGCCUAUAAAACUUUAGAUCAAUUCACUUAUUCGCUUGUAGAACCACCAUCCCACGAUGGUCGUGAUGAGCUCGAUGAAGGUGCAGAAAUGUUCAGGCAAGCUGCAACAUUCUUUUGA